AUGCUACCAAGAAGUGAUACCCUCUUUAUACGAGUCAAUCGAGAUCACAGAUCGUACAGUCGAUUCGAUUUUAUAUGGGGCGAUACGUCAACCUCAUCCGCUUGGAAAAGAAGCACCGAGGCGGUAUGCGGUAUUCAUCCUCACGAAGUCAACAUCGAUUGGUACAGUCGGAAGGUUCAAGCGUUGACUAACGUCAAGAAACUCUCAUUUGUGGAUGUAGAAGGUAUGAUCAGAUUCAUCAGAACCUUGAAUGAUACGGAGAACUUCCCUCAUAGCUCCAUGGGACCGAAGCCUAAAAGAUAUAGAAGGCUUUUUCCGAAUCUUGAAUUCCUCAAGAUGAGUAGGGAAUGUGUGAAAGCUGUCUCGAACACAAAAUCGAAAGAGAAUGUGAGAAAUAAUGAAAGUAGGGUUGAAGACUUUCCAUGCGAGAUAAUUGAGAUUGAUGAUGUGGAGGAUGGGGAACAAACGAUCACACAUGUAUCAAGAAGGUCCACUUUGGCAGAACACGAGCGAGAUCGUGAGGCUGAUCGUAAUAUGUUAUUUAAAUUCGAAUGGACCAUAAACCCGCACAUCGAGCCUAGGUACAUCUGUUUAGACUAUCGAUUUGAUCACGAUGGCUCCGGACAGUUCCAUUCAUACUUGGAUCUCGAGCUCAAUAUGGCAGAAGAAGGUGUGGAAACGAUUCAUACUCAUUUCGGCACGAGCAAGAAGAUAAAAUGUAAUUUUGGCAAAAAGAGGAUCAUCAACCUUCCAUCACCUUCACUCAACAAAUCCAGACGCACUGGAAAAAUUACGAAGCAGUCCAGCAACCCGCUGGGAGUUGGUGAUAUUGAUUUGGACAAGCUCCUCGAGAAAGAAGCAGAAAUCGUAGUCGAAACUUUCAAAUCGUCCACCUGUCCUCUUCUUGAAGAAGCUCAAUUGUGGAGAAGUCAAUCUCAGAUCAAAAUCGAAUAUUGUGUUCCAUACGCAAGUGAAUGCAUUAAUCUGGUUGAUGGAAAGAUGAAACUCGAUUUCGUAGAGGAGGAUGCGAAUGAGGAGUACAGUGAUUAUUUCGAAAAUUGGAGGAAGUAUAUCGAGAUCGUUGAUCUGGAGGAUACAGAGGUGUGCCAGGUUUGUGGUAAGCUUUGA